AUGAGCUUGAGAUGGGCCAUAACAACGCUGACACGGAAGAGACGGCCAGCGUGGACUAAAAUAUGCAUAGGAUGGCCCUUCCGAUCGGCAACAACCGGUAGAACAGAACCGCUGUGGGAUCCACAAGAUGCGUGGAGGCCUGUACCUUUACGAGCACCAUACCUUCUCACACUGGCAGCUUUCUUGCUGCUGAUAACAAUCGCGCUCGACAUUUGUCGUCGGUACAACGAUAGAAUUGGCUGGCUCGUACGCUACAAGGAUGCCAGCGACCUCCCCACGACGGUGUCAGUUGCCUACAUCAUUGGUCCAACGGUCGUAGCGCUGGUCGCCGUGAAUCUAUGGGAAUUCUGCUCCUGUGAUGUGCUGCGACUGGAGCCUUACUUUCAGCUGGCAAAGCCGAGAGGUACCUCAGCAAGAGUACUUUUCACAAACUACAGCUUUUGCUACGGUAUCACCGCGCCGAUAACCGCCGCGCGCAACCGCCACUGGAUUGUUCUUUGCGUGUCGCUCAUGUCACUGGUCCUCCGGAUGCUCUUGCCCUCCUUAUUUGCUGGGCUAAUAGUGAUGGGGGAGCUGAGCCUGACUGAGCCCAAGACAAUUGAAAUAUGGCCGGCCCUUGUCGACUUGCAAACGCAAAAGGCGUUGGUUACAGCGGAACCAUCUGGCCGCGACGAGUUCACCCAAGAGGCCGAUUUUCUGUUGCUUCGAUCACCCCAUUAUGCAGCGGCACCGAUUUCAAUGCCUGUGGAUGACGAGAAUGAUACAUCUAUGUUACGCUUGAACCAAACGAUAUAUUGGUCAAAUCUGACUUGUGUAGACACGCCUUUAGAGGGGAUCACAUCCACGAGGCACCCUAGAGCCCAUACAAGUUUACAUGGCGAACAGAUAAUUUCAUGGAAUAUGCGCCCUAUAUCUCUUCCAACUCCGAAUGAUAGUGAUAGCACUUCGAACUGCUCGAUUAACUUCGCACUUGACAGCAUCGCUCCCACCGAGCCUGGUCGCUUUCAGCUUCGCUAUUGGGAGCCAGGGCAAUCUACCCGGAAUUCGAAUGCUACUUCUGCAUUCACUGGCAGUGGCUGCGGUUCACCCACCUUGUAUGGUGCCUUGAUUGAAGGUGAUGUUUUGAAAAAUAACUCCAUAAAGACUUCAAGUGCCACGGCGUUUGCUUGUGGGGCCACUUAUCAUUCCGCAGAAGCGGAGGUCUUCAUCGCCACAAACACGUCAAUCGUCGCAGCCCAGAUCCAUCCUGGAACAGUUAGCAGUCUCAGUCCGUCUGAGUUCAGUAUCGACAAAUUUGAGGAUCAAUUUCGCGUCGGACCUCGAGCGGCGAGGAUGAAACGGACUGCUCACACUACUAGCUCGUCAAGCGUCUUGGAGACGGAGUCCCCAUCCAACUUUAUAGACCUCGAACAGUACCGGCAACAGCUGCGCAACUUAUGGAAUCAUCGCUUCCUCGUCACGAUGAACAAAAUGUUCAAUCCCACAAGUCCUACGAUGAUUCAUGCAGAACAGCAGAGUGUCUCAGUGAUCCUCCAAAUGUUGCACGACCCUGCCAUCCAUGGGGAAAUCAUGCUCUCCUUUGUCUACCCGCGGCGCCCUAACUUUCUUCGAAGUGACCCGGGGUCAAUUGCUGCGCAGUGCGCAAUCGUUGCGGAUCUGUUCAGUCCAACAGUUGCACUAGCUCGGCCUGAUACGGAUUUCCACCAAGCCACCACCCGGCAGCUUCUCCAAUGGGCCAAGGGGCUAUGGUGCCGGUGGAGCGAAGAGCCUAAGGAACGCAGGUUAGAAAUUGUGUCGCUCGAUGGAAAUCCAGUGCCUCUUUCCACCCGCGAUUCUCGGACAAAGAAGGAUCUUAUGCCACAUUUCCUCAGACUACCGUGGUUUUGCAUUGAGUGUUUCACGCUGGCGAUUGUGCUCGCUUUGUUUGGGUUGUCUCUUCGCUAUCUCCGUCUGGACGACCCUAACUACAUGACCUGGCCUCUGCUAGUGUUGUAUACUGCGAUGCUCUUUGUUCCCACCCUAGUUGCCUCCGUGAUCAGCGGCCUUUUAGCAUCUGUGCUUCGCCACCUCAGCGUUCUAGAGCCGUGGACUCAGUUAGAGAAGGGACUGGUGACCGCAAAGCAGUCGCUGUUGAUGAACUAUGGCUGUCAAACCGCGUUUGCGGUGCUCUGGAAAUGCGCGCGCCGAGGCCCUCGCCUGCUCGUGAUCAUCUCACUGGCAUGUAUUAUGGACCUGGACCUGACUGUUGUAAGCGGUGGCCUGUUUGAGCCACAAUUAAGAGAACAUUUGACGGCUGCUUCUGGUUUAUAUGCGACCUAUAACUUGUCCACGGUUGCAAGACAAUCGCAUAUCCCCGUCAUGGAUACCUACAGUGUUGUUCCCACAAGUAUCACUGAAGAUGCUCCCUUCCUGCCGUGGACUACCCCAAACCACUCAUUUGUGCCAAUUACAAUCGAUGAGCCGGAACGCGAUCGUACUUCUUAUACAGCUUUGACUCGUGGUAUCGGUGCCGAUCUGAUAUGUGAAAGCCUUCCCCGUAGCGAUUCUGGGAAGCCAUACUGGCAGUUUAAGCCGUUCAAUGGUGGUGCGAAAUGUACCUACUCGGUAAAGUCGCCAUGGGCAGCCUCUGAUCACCCCGAGAGGUUUAUUCAUUAUCUGGCUCCAACGGGAUCCUCUGCCUCGACGGAAUGGGCAUCGUCUCACACUGACAAUAUAGUCGCAUUGCACUGCCAGCCGACAAUUCACGUUCAAGAGUUCAUGGUCCAGUUCGACCACUCUGGUCACAUACAGUCUUACGAGGCGGUGCCCGGAAGCGCGACCACUGACAAUGCAUUUUACCAGAAUGCGUCGGAUAUUUUGGGUCAAUUCAACCGGGCAUUCACCCAGUCACUUCAAACACUUCCUGCUCAUCCAAACUCGUCAUUUUACCAGUAUGACUGGCCGGGAGUCCUGACAGUACGGACAAUUGAGAAGCUGAAUCCCAACUCGGGCUCUGUGGACCCUACAGUUCUGAUCAAUGCUGUCCAGCUUACCUACCGAACAGCCUUCAGUACCUACUUUACGCUCUGGCGAGAUUUGUAUCUGCAGCCGUUGCCAGAGUCUCAUUCCGUCGCCGUCGAAGGGACAGUUACUCAAGAGAUUUGGGGUAUAUUGCCAUCAACCCCGUUAAUUCUCGUUGUUAUCAUACUUGUAUCACUGGAUGUUCUGCUGAUGGUUGGCGUAUUCGUCGCCUACCGUGGGCGAUUCAGUGGGCCACGCAUUCCCAAGUCUAUUGGGUCGCUCAUCCCCUGGAUUGCACAUAGUCAGAUGAUGCGGGAUUUCCAGGGUACUCACGCGUGGACUGAGGUUCAGCAGCGGGAGCAUUUGGAGGAAAUCGGCCGGACGUAUAGCUUGGGAACCUUUCCGCGUCCAGGAGGAGUGAGCAGGAUCGCGGUUGAUUACAAGGACGACGAGCAAGCAUAUGAGUUGCAUGAUAUGCCGACCCCGGGAAUGGUAGCAUCGGAAUCGACUGCCCAAGGGCUACCACCGGGUCACCAGCCACAUCGUACGCCGCAGGAUGGACCUGUGGACCACAUAUAAUAGACCGUACGCUGCUAGGGUUUGCAAUAAGGAUGGUAGGUACCGCCAUCUCUUCCCGGCUGGUUGCUCUUUGGAUACCUUAUCGAAGUUUAUAAUGAGCGUUGUCUCGGCCGUCUAUUAUUUUCUUCACACUAGUGUAAUAAAGAUAACCCAUCAAUAACCAUGUCCCUUGGUUUUAUGCUCUGAUCUUCUACUACACCACGAUAGAAGCACAACAGUGUGUUGGUCGUCAAAAACCUGCUGGCAACACCCCAAUUGUAGUCGAUGGCACCCAACGGGCGCCAUAGAGCGGCGACUUGAAAAGACACUGGUAGGGAAAAGCCUGGUUACGCGAUCCAGCAAGUAACGGUAGGAAUAUAUUGAGCAGUGGAUGCCUAACAUGCGAUGACGUAGCCACACUGCAAUCGCCUUGCAUGCAGAGGUUCUAGAAAGAGGACGCACUUGCG